AUGGCUGGCAAAGGUAAAGGAAAGAAAAAAGAUAGUAAAGGAGUUGAAGGAGGAGAAGGUAAUGAUGAGGGGAAGAAAGAGAAGAAAGCUAAGAAGAAAGGCAAGUCGAAAGGGAAGUGUAACGUGGACAUGUUGACAGAAGCUGCAAUGAACAAUGUUUACUACGCAUGUCAUAAUGUACAAGAGUUAUUACAGGCUAGAGGGUUCCAUCCACCAGACUACGCUAAGAAGAAGAAGAAAGGAAAACGUUGA